GUGUCUAGGAAGAUGAUGCGGGGGGCAUGGCCUUGAGUUCAGCAACCUAUCAUACACUGUCAUGAAGAAGCAAAAGAAAGAUGGUGUGUGGAUCAAGAAAGAAGCCUACCUUCUCAAUGAUAUAUCAGGGCAGGGUAUGAGGCAAAUUAUGGCCAUCAUGGGGCCUAGUAGUGCUGGGAAAUGUACCUUUCUUGAUGCCUUGGCUGGUCGGAUUGCUCAAGGCAGUCUUGAAGGAUCUGUCAAAAUAGAUGGAAAAUCGGUCACCACAAGCUACAUGAAGAUGAUUUCAUCAUAUGUAAUGCAAGAUGACCAGCUAUUCCCCAUGCUGACUGUAUUUGAAACCUUCAUGUUCGCAGCAGAAGUCAGGCUUCCUCCUUCCAUUUCCAUGGAGGAGAAGAAAAGCGAGUCAUUGAGCUCCUUGAUCAACUGGGAUUACAGUGUCGUGGAAAAGGUGAAGGACAUUGCUCAUGGUGGCAGCAUUGUUCUUAUGACCAUUCGCCAGCCUUCUUACAGGAUUCAAAUGCUUUUAGACCGCAUAACAAUUCUAGCAAGAUUGAUAUAUAUAGGAAGCCCAUCAGCUCUUCCUGCUCACCUUUCUGGGUUUGGAAGACCAGUUCCUGAUGGAGAGAACAGUCUUGAAUAUCUUCUGGAUGUGAUCAAGGAAUAUGAUGAAUCAACCGUGGGACUUGACCCCCUUGUAUUGUACCAACGCGAAGGUAUUAAACCUGAUCAAGCUGCCACGACCCCAGUUCGGAAAACACCAAAAACCCCACGGACUCCUCAUGUGAAGAUCCCUGCUGGAUCAAGGCAAGCCAUCAAACUUUUCAGCCAGGGAUUCUCUAUUGGGAUCAGGACUCCUCGAGCAAACUCUGGUGGAUUUGAUUACAAUGAUGAUGACGAUGAUGAUGAGGAUUUUGACAAUUCCCUGGAACGCAGCAGAGCAAAGACACCGAUGAGCAUGCACAGUGCUAGAACUCAAGGACGAACAUCAGGGAAAACUGCAAUCUCUGAAUCAAGAAGUUUUGUUUCAAGCCAAUGUUCAACUCCUCAUCAGACAACUUCUCGCUCAAAAAUCCCUCUAGUUUUUAGCCCAUCUCAAGAUCCAUGUUCUGCUUCCAUUGAAGAGUUUGAGAUUGAAGAACAAGUCCUGGAUGAACCACGUCAUGGACCCAAAUUUGCAAAUCCAUGGAUCCGUGAGGUUGCAGUUUUAUCAUGGCGCACAGUCGUCAGCUUCUCAACUUUUUCAUCUUUGCCAUCUGCUUGGUUUUCUUCUCCUCCAACGAUGCUGUCCCAACUUUUAUUCAAGAAAGAUUCAUCUUCAUCAGAGAAACAUCCCAUAUAUAAUGCAUACCGUGCUUCUUCUUUUGUCAUCUCCUCCCUCGUAGUUUAUGUCCCAUUCUUUGUCAUCCAAGGAUUCACAUUUGCGGCAAUCACAAAGUACAUUCUCAGACUCAAAAGUAGUCUCUUGAACUUCUGGAUAAUCCUUUAUGCUUCUCUGAUAACCACCAAUGCUUAUGUGAUGCUAGUCAGUGCACUUGUUCCCAGCUACACCACAGGCUAUGCAGUUGUAAUUGCUACAACUGCGCUCUUCUUCCUUACCUGUGGUUUCUUCUUGAAGAGAUCAAAGAUGCCCAUUUGGUGGAGAUGGCUGCAUUAUGUCUCUGCAAUCACAUACCCGUUUGAGGCACUGUUAGUAAAUGAGUUCAAAGGCAAGGAUCAUUGCUAUUCAGGGAAUUUGUCAGAUCUUUGACCUGGUCCUCUGGGAACACUGGAAUUAAGUAAACUGCAUAAUAAUACUCCAGCACCGAAAGACUGCGCAUUCAUUGGAGAAGACGUAACAUCCACAAUGGAAAUUCAGUUAGACAACCUGUGGCAUGACAUUCUUAUCUUGCAAGCAUGGGGCGUUCCCUAUUGCUUCUUCUUCUACCUGGCACUGAGAUUCUUUUCCAAGAAUGAGAGGAAAUGAAGCUUGAUCAGCCUA